AGCCGCUUUCUCUSGCACGUGCCUUGCAUCCAAACGAAGGAAAGGGUUUUGGCACUCACAAAAUGACGACACCACACCAACCGUCGAGGCGGAGGGUCUUGUUCCUGAUCCUGCUGGCUGCCAUCGGGACCAUCGACGACGGCAGAACAAUUGGCACAAGGUUCGGUUUCGUCCGGUCCUUCUCGUCGCCGAUACCAUCCUUCCGUUCCCAGAACUACGAAGGAGCWAUYUUGCCAAACGGAUUCGGGCGCGAGGAAGCAUCGCAGCGAAGGAACCAGCAGUUUCAUCGGCGCUGCAGGAAUGCGCUCCGGACAGCCGGAGACUCCACGACAAAAAMAGCACUCCCACGGCCACCGACCCUGCUCUCGCUGUCUUCCGGAAGCCCCGGGGGCGGAAGCACGCAACAAGUGGUAUACUCCGUGUUUUCCAAGCCCCCCAAGACGGUCUUUCGAGAACUUCUGGAGGAAGCAUCGGCAUCGGACGGAUGUUUGCGGUUGCUGGACAUCGCCAAGGCCUGGGACGAACUCAACGAAAUUGUCGAGGACGGAGACGUAACSGUGGAAGAAUUGCAAGAAUUCUACAACAASGCUCUCGUCGACGAAGAGGGGAACGCCGGCGACGCACUGGACGAACAGGGAUUCGAGCGCUUUUACCGAUCCAUCGAUGAUUUAUUUGACGACGACGACGACGACGAUGACGACGACGAAGCAGGUGACAACAUCGACAGCGCCAAGUCCCAAGACAACACCGACACCAACAAAAGCAGCAGUGCGAAUGCAGCAACGGAAACCGGAAGCAAGAAYCCCCGCGCGAGAGAAGAUCUCGUUGAAUACUUGGAGCACCUGCAGAGUUUGGAGUGCGACUCGGAGGACGGAGAWGUAAACGUAGGGGAACGACGACCCUGGGGCUUGGAUUGUUCCGACAAGGAACGCUUCCGCAUCCUGGAAUACCUCCAAGCCCUGCUGGUCGACGGAAACCAACGAAACCUCCUGGCCGGYGGCAACGCCUCCCCGGUCCGGUCCGCCAAGGACCUUACCAAGCACAUCCUGGGAACCUGGGAAUUGAAGUACACCAGCUCKAGRACCAUGAUCAUCAACAAGAGCCUCAGCGGACUGGGACGAUCGACAUCGGACCUGGCCCGCAACCUGGGGCUCCAGCUGACCCUCAGCGGAAACUACUACUACGSCAAGGCGGAAUUCGURGAACGCUUCGGCAGCAACACCGGCGAAAACGACAGCGAAAACGACAACGCCGGGGACGAUCCCAUCACACUGGAGGCCACCGUCACCGGAGAGUGGAUCCUGGAGACGGGCACCCGUGUCGAUUCCRGGACGGGCCGGCCCUCGGUGUCCCUCCGGAUCGAGGUGGAAACGAUCGCCUACGGGCCCACCAAGAGCAGCGCGGACCAGUGGGACUCGCUCAGCCCGAUCAAGCUGGUCGACGUCCUGUACCUGGACGAGGAGGUGAUGGUCCUCCGGGGAAACUCCAACGCGGACGCCCUCUUUGUCUACGCCCUCGYCGAGCGGUGAGGCAAGGGGCCCGCUGCUCUGGGGGAUCGCGCGCGCUUGCCCGAAGCGGGCACGGCCCACGGGGACGAUCGGCGUUUGGCGCGGGCACCCAUUGCCGUGUUCGGAAGAGCCUUGCGGAGCAGGAACUGCGCAUGCGCACGAUUCCGAUUG